ACUAGUAAAUAUUUAAAAACUAGUAUAGACCUUGCUAAUUAUAAUAUAAAAUAAAUAUUUGUUAAUAAUGUCGAUCACGUCGUCAGACACGGAUGCAGAUUACCAUUCGUUCUCCGAGCGAACGCUGGCUAUCAUAAAGCCAGAGGCGUAUGACGAUGUUGAAGAUAUAGAAAACCAUAUACGUGACAAUGGAUUCCAGAUCCUCGCUAAACGAGAAGUCCGCCUGAGCCCGGAGCAAGCAGCCGAGUUAUACAGAGGACACUACGGCAAGCAUCACUUCCCGCAUCUGGUGGCGCACAUGUCGAGUGGGCCCGUCGUCGCGCUGGUGCUGGCCGCCAACAACUGCGUGAACAAGUGGCGCACCUUGAUGGGCCCUGCAAGAGUGGUGGAGGCGCAAGCCUACUGGCCGGACAGUCUGCGCGCGUGCUACGGACAUCGCACGAAAUACGGCGACUAUUUCAACGCGUUACACGGCAGCGAGAACCACGCCGAGGCGCUGAGGGAGAUACACUUCUUCUUUCCCACCAUGAUCGUAGGCCCAAUGCUCCGUCAAUGGCAGAUCGGUGACUACAUCCAGAGGAACAUAACGCCCACACUAGCGCCGGCGUUGACUGCACUAGCACACAAGAGACCAGCGGAGCCGAUAGUGUGGCUGGCGGACUAUCUGAAGUCACACAAUCCCAACGGACCCGAACUAGCGCCGCGCGCCGAGGAGUUCACGGAGGAGGCAAGGUGUCGAACGCCCCAGCCCUCGGAGGAAUCUCUCGCCAAAUAGCCAAGCAGUUUUUAGGGUUCCGUAGUCAACAAGGAACCCUUAGUUACCUACAUUCUACCCUUUUGCCAUGUUCGUCUGUCUGCCCGUGGUUUUGCUCAUGAGACUACUGAGUAAUUUAGAAAGAGCUGUAAUUUAGCAAGAGUUGGUAUGUACUUUAAAAACGUCGACAGUCGUAAAAUAAAAUCUUUACAAAUACUUUUUAUUACGUAAAGUCGGGAUUAUUGUUUUAUAACAUUUUUUUCAAAUUUUCCGAAUGUCAAAAACGCUGUCGUCCAUUUUGUGACGUCACAAUGUUACUUGAUGUACCUACUAAACCUCAUUAUUAAUAUUCAAGGAUUAUAAAUAAAACACCCAUUAUUUCUCCCCCAAUUUAUACCUGUAUUCCAAUAUCUAGGUCCUGGGAAAGAAAUUAUCAUUUAUUUUUUGUAUUAUAUUGCCUACCCUAGUUAAAUGCAUUGUGCACGCCACUGGACAUAGAAGGAUUAAUCUUAGGAUUAAAAAUAAAACACCCAUUAUUUCUCCCCCAAUUUAUUAGCAUAAUAUAGAUACAAAAGAUUUAUUUAUCACAGGCUAACGUGUAAAAAACAUGAGCGGAACAAUAAUAAUUAUGAAACCAUUAUUACGUAUGAAGUUUAAUUUUUAACCGAUUUUAUAACUAAAACUAAAAUUUACUACAAUGUAAUAUAA